AUGAAGUUCCUGUCUCUUAAGACAGUGCUCCUGAUCAUGCUCACUUUCAUCAAAAGGGUCGGGGGACCUUCAAGCAUUUUCGCACUGCCCCCGGAGGAGGCAGAUCCAGCCUUGACUUUGCUUUGUCCCGUAAGAGCACUACGCAUAUACGUGGACCGCACCCAGAGCUUCAGAAACUCUGAGCAGCUCCUCGUCUGCUUUGGAGGCCAGCAGAAAGAGAAGGCUGUCUCCAAGCAGAGCUGUUUCCUCAUGGGGACCAAAAAUGUGCCCAAAAGGUCAAAAUUUACUGGUAAAUUAGGUCCCCAUACUAUGAAUCUGAUUUCUGGCUCAUUCCACGAUGGAGUCAUGCUGUAUUGUCAUGCCCUAAAUGAGACUCUGGAUCGGUCGGGUGCGAGGCCCCCAGGGGACGUUAUCAAUAAGAGGAUGUGGAAUCGCACAUACCAUGGGGUUACCGGACUCGUUCAGCUGGAUGAGAAUGGCGAUCGGGAGAUUGACUUUGCUCUAUGGGACAUGACCGACACCAAUACUGGAGUUUAUCAGAUUGUGUCCCUGUAUAAUGGCAGUCAGAAGCGGAUGAUUCCAGAGCCAGGGAUGAAGGUGCACUGGCUGAAGGGAAGUCCGCCUCCAGAUAUCCCACUGUGUGGCUUCAAAAACGACAAACCUGCCUGCCUGGCAAAGACGGUCACCAUGCACCAGAUGAUUUCCAUAGUGGUGUGCUUCAUUUUUAUCAUCAUCGUAACGGUCACAGUCUUCAUAUACAGGAAGCUGAAGCUGGAGAAUGAGUUGACCGCUCAGCUGUGGCGUGUGGACUGGGAGGAUAUCCAGAUGAGUAACAUGGAUAAGGUGCUGCGCAGAGCCUGCAGCAAACUCACCAUGUCGUUGAGAGGCUCUAACUAUGGCUCACUGCUGACUAUGGACGGAAACUACCAGAUCUAUGCCAAGACCUGCUAUUACAAGGGAAACAUAACAGCCAUUAAGUAUGUCAACAAGAAACGCAUCGAGCUCACCAGGAAAGUGCUGUUUGAACUCAAACAUAUGCGUGAUGUACAGAAUGAACACUUGACGCGUUUUAUCGGCGCUUGUAUCGGCCCACCCAACAUCUGCAUCCUUACUGAGUACUGCCCUCGAGGAAGCUUACAGGACCUCAUGGAGAGUGAAGGAAUCACGCUGGACUGGAUGUUUCGCUAUUCUCUGAUCAAUGACAUUGUUAAGGGAAUGGCGUUCCUCCACAACAGCGUCAUUGUCUCCCACGGCAACCUGAAGUCUUCCAACUGCGUGGUGGACAGUCGCUUCGUGCUGAAGAUCACUGAUUACGGCCUGGAAAGUUUUCGCAAGGAGACCAACCUGGAGGAUGUGCACGCUCUCUAUGCACGCAAACUGUGGACGGCCCCCGAGCUUCUGCGUGCCGACAACCCACCUGCAUGUGGGACACAGAAGGGUGACGUCUACAGCUUUGGCAUCAUCCUGCAAGAACUCGCCCUGCUGAAGGGCGUCUUCUACCUGGAAGGCCCUUGUCUCAGCCCUAAAGUGAUCAUAGAGCGUGUGGCGGAAGGCCGCUGGCCGUACCUGCGUCCGCUGCUGUGUCCUCAGAGCCACAGUGAUGAGUUGGGACAGCUGAUGCAGCGCUGCUGGUCAGAAGACAUCAACGAGAGGCCCGACUUCAACCAGAUUAAAGUACUGCUCCGCAAGAAUAACCGGGGAUAUGGUUCCAACAUCCUGGAUAACCUCCUGUCCCGUAUGGAGCAGUAUGCUAAUAACCUGGAGGAGCUGGUGGAGGAGAGGACGCAGGCGUACCAUGAGGAGAAGCGUAAAGCUGAAGCUCUGCUCUAUCAGAUCCUCCCACACUCGGUGGCUGAGCAGCUGAAGCGAGGUGAGAUGGUGCAGGCAGAAGCCUUUGACUCAGUCACCAUCUACUUCAGUGACAUUGUGGGCUUCACCGCAUUAUCAGCCGAAAGCACACCCAUGCAGGUGGUGACGCUGCUGAAUGAUCUCUACACUUGCUUUGAUGCAAUCAUCGACAAUUUUGACGUGUACAAGGUGGAGACCAUCGGUGACGCCUACAUGGUGGUGUCAGGCCUUCCCGUGAGGAACGGGAAACUGCACGCACGUGAGAUCGCCCGCAUGUCUCUGGCUCUGCUGGAAGCUGUUCACUCAUUUCGAAUCCGCCACCGACCCGACCAGCAGCUCCGCCUACGCAUCGGCAUCCACAGCGGCCCCGUGUGUGCAGGGGUGGUUGGUUUGAAAAUGCCUCGGUAUUGUUUGUUUGGCGAUACCGUCAACACAGCUUCACGCAUGGAAUCUAAUGGAGAAGCCCUGAAGAUCCAUGUUUCAGAGGCCACACGGGCCGUCCUGCAGGAAUUCAACUGCUUCCAGCUGGAGCUCAGAGGAGAUGUGGAGAUGAAGGGAAAGGGACGGAUGAGGACGUACUGGCUGCUAGGAGAGAUCAGCUCCAAUAAUGCCUAAAAACUGACAGACAGAGAGAAAGAGCAAUGCACCAGAGAGGAGAGAACAAAACAAACGCAUCUAAACAAGUACCAGGGUAAAAGAAGAUUUCUUCAGAAAAAGACCUGACUUAGUUCAUCUUUCAUUUCCCAAAAGCUUCAUGUUAUUGCUUCAUGGGAACCUAGCUGUGACUUUUUUCGCCAAGUGAACUCAGAAGAGUUGAGCAGAAUCGUUUAGACACUUGAAAGAUGACAACACACACCAUCAGAUCGGUGUGACCGGAUCAAGUGUUUACGGGUCUCGUAGAAGUUUUGAAUUUUAUUUGUCGUGAUAGGUCUUUGUCCAGAUUUUUUUAAGCCUCAUGUUCCUGUUACUGGUCACACAGAGACACAGUGCUGUAGUCACUCUAGUUUUUUAACCAUGUGAAAUGUUCUCGAUUCCUCCUCUGGGAUGCAGGUCAGCUCAGAUCUCUUCUAUCUGCCAAAACUGAUCCAGUCAGCAGAGAAAAGUUACGCACAGAAGAGAAAUAAUAAUAAAUGGCAAGUAUGGUUAAGAGAGCAAAGAAAUGUGCAAUGAUGGAUUUUGUUCUCGGAUCUCAAGAGCAUUUCCCUACAGAUGUUGCAAUAGUGUUUCAGAGAAACCAGUACAGGGAUGUUCUUUUCUUCAUUUAAUAGCAGGAUUUACUUUCCCUUAAAGUCAUCAAGAAACACCAACACUUUUAACUUCCAGAAUGUGAGAUAUUUCCAAAUGGAACUUGGUUUAAUAUUUGAAUUCUGAGAUUCCACUCGGAUCCAUUCAUGUGCUUGGAUUUCAAAAAAAUUUGGGGUCAGUUAGAUUUUUUUUUUUUUUUUUAAGAAAU